AUGGCGCCCGUCGGCGAAAGGAACGAUUCCUUGGUGGAAGAAGAUAGCACAAGCGACGAAUCGCAGAAUUUAUGGGCCACCAUCUUGAGUGAAGUCCAGUCUAAAUCAACUUCUGCAUUGCCAACAAGCAAGUCUCUGAUUGUUCUAGGUGAUAAUGAGUCUGGAAAGACUACACUUAUUGCUCGGCUACAGGGAGCAGAAGAGCCUAAGAAAGGGUCAGGUCUGGAGUAUUACUACAUCAGUGUUAAAGAUGAGUACAGAGAUGACCAGGACCGCUUAGGCGUGUGGGUGCUGGAUGGCGACCCUACCCACACAGGGCUGCUGAAGUAUGCCCUUUCAGAGGAGAAUUUCGCCCACUCGGUAGCAGUGAUUGUAGUGUCGAUGGCCCAGCCCUGGACUAUCAUGGAAUCCUUACACAAGUGGUGCACAAUACUUAGAGACCAUGUUGACAGAUUGAAAAUACCAGCUGAGCAGCUACGCGAAUAUGAACAAAGUUUGGUACGGUUCUUCCAGGAGUACACAGAGCCUGAGGACGGUCAGGCUGCAUCCACGGGGAUGAGAAGGGAGGUAAAUCCUCUCCACCCCUCCUCCAGCAGCACAGACGAGGAGAAAGUGCUGUUACCUCUAGGGGAAUCCACCCUCACACAGAAUUUAGGUAUACCUGUCAUAGUGGUAGUAACUAAGAGUGAUGCAAUCUCAAUGUUGGAAAAGGAGCACGAUUAUAGAGAGGAACAUUUCGACUUCAUACAACAGCAUAUUAGAAAGUUUUGUCUGAGUUACGGUGCUUCUUUGUUUUACACGUCAGUCAAAGAAGACAAGAACUGUGAUUUACUGCUUAGGUACUUGUGUCACAGGAUAUACGGUUUUCCAUUCACCUCCUCAGCUUAUGUGGUAGAGAAAGACAGUGUGUUUGUACCCUGUGGCUGGGAUAAUGAGAAGAAAAUUAGUAUUCUGUAUGAAAACUUGAAUAGUAUGAAACCUGAAGAUACUUAUGGAGAAGUCAUAGUUAAACCUAUAACAAGAAAGCCAGUACAAAGAGAUGCAGAAGUUACAGCUGAAGAUGAACAAGUGUUCCUCAUGAAACAACAAAGUCAGCUCAGUAAACAGCCAGCUGCAGGAGCUGCUGGGGAGUCCCCGAUAAGGACACCAGGGAGUCUCUCACGAAACGCUUCCCCGAAGACGCCAUCAGGAGGAUCAGGAUCAUUAUCAGGGACGCCAAAGAAGAUGGAUGGUGCCAAAGGUGCUACCGGUGAGGGAGUCUUAGCCAACUUCUUUAACAGUUUAUUAACGAAGAAAACAGGGGGUGCUGCUGGUCCCCCUUCAAAAGCAGAUAAGUCUGGUGUUUCUAGGGAAGCAGCUGCAGAGUAUGAACGGAUGAGUCGAGCGAAGAAGUCAGCUAGUGAGCUCCAGACCAAUGAUACAAAUGCUUCAUCACCGUCGUCCUGAUUGGCCACGCCCCGUUGUAUCUAAGCUACCAUAUUUCUCACUGUCUGGAUCUUGUCAUGGGGCACUGACUUGGCCUGACUGUCUCGGCUGAAGAGUGUGGCAAUUCUCAGCUCGAGCUCUGCCAGCGAAGCUUCGUUGUGUCAAUCAAGGCCUCAUUCAGUGAUGCUUGCCCUUCAACUCUAGUCCAAAUGUGAUGGGCGUAACUAACUGUUGCCAUGGUGUUAUUAAUGCCCCUUCAAGCUUCCUUCUUGUGUGAAUCAUGUGUUUGAUUAGCGUGUCAACUGGUGUAACUUACAUGUAGGCCACGCCUUCAGGCCACGUUGAACACAUGUACCGCUCGGCUAGAGAAAACAGAUACUCCGAAAACAAGGCACGGGCAAAAUAUUAUGUUGUUAUGUAUAGUUUGAUUUAGUAACUUAAGAGCCUUGGUAGCAGCAUUACCUGUCUGCAUGGUCUUGUCCUCUUCGCUUGGUGUCUUUGGAGUGCUACAAUACAAAUUGGCAUAAAAAUUUCCAAUAAAUUAUAUAUAUAUAUGUAUGUAAAUUUAGCCAUUUCGUCUCUCUCCAAAGCUCUGAAAUGGCAUCCUGUAUAAAGUUCAAUUGCCUCUCCGAUAACAAAUAUAAAUAUAUAUAUAUAUAUACAUACAUAUUCACUUAUUGAUACAUGUGUAAUUGAUAUCUUCUAUUUUUUUGGAGAAGCUACUUGAAUGACACUGUAAAUUUACUUGCGUGUUAAUAGAGGUGUACCUGUCCUCAAAAAUGGCUUGUCAGACUGAUUAAUGUUGGGAAUACGUGUACUACUCACUCCCAGGUAGGAACAAUGGCUCAGUCCAUUCUCUGGAUUACAUGUGUGAUGUGGUGCGGGUUGAUUCCAAUAAUGUGGAGAGUGAAGGUGUGACUCUCUCUCUGACUUCAUAUCCAUGACUAACUCUAGUCCCACCCAUGUUAGGCACAUUUUGAUUACCGAUAUUCCUGAAGCAGCUGGCCAUCAUACUGUCAUUCAGGUGCACUGCCUAACAGAUUUAGUUGCAUUCUCUCUAAUACUCAAAGGAAUUUUCUCUUUGUAAUCAUAACAUUGCAGAUAACCUAAUCAGUGCACGCUAUGAAGAGUGAACAUCACUGUUGUAAGCAGUGACUGUAAUAUGUCUAUGAAAUGACAACGCUUCCACAUCAUACUGGCAACUUGAGCUAGUUAAACUACCCUGAUACAUUCAACUGUGUCACCAAAUCUCAAAAGAAAUUGUCUACUUAAUGUGGAUGAAAGGCUAGCAAAUAAUUGCGAUACAGUAUAUGGAUUUGUAGUUGUGCUACUUAAGAGUUUCCUUUUGUGGAAUUCAGUGAAUUAGCUCUUUUAUUUAAAUCCUUUUGUUUAUCAAAGCACAAAAAGCCAUAAACAGAAGGAUGUGGACCUUGAAUAUCUGAACGCUGUCUG